CAAUCACAGUCACAGUCCCGUAAGCGAUAUGAAAUCGUAAACAUGUCUUCGUUAAUAUUCGUAAUCGUUAUAUUCGUCUUAAGCGUGGAUUACGGUAAAUCACAUAGUUGUUUAUCUUUUAAUAAUGUCAGUAUGCUAUUAUACGACAGAAAUGGUAGAAAAUUCAAUCAAGGAGUUAAUGGGUGCAUAACAAGGACAGAGUUUGGAAAUACUACAGUGGUAAAGGCGUACGUCAAGAAUCAAAUAAUUCCUACACUAGGAAGAGACUCAGUGAAGCAUAUGAAGCACUUAACAAUAGUUUCUUUUAAUAACUGCGCGCUGGAAGAAAUUUUGCCGGUAGCUUUUAGGAAUGUACCAAAAUUGACCACGAUCGAAAUGACUUUUGGUAAAUUAAAGUUGAUUCCUAAAGGUAUUUUCAACUCUGAGUUAACACCCCAGUUGGAACUGUUGAGGAUUCACCACAAUGAAAUUGAUACCAUCGAAGAUCAGUCGUUCUACAACAUAUCAAGUUUAAAACAUGUCCAGUUAAAUAAUAAUAAGUUAGAAUCAUGGAGAAGUGAAUGGUUUGAUGAAUCAACAUCUUUGGAGAUAAUAGAUUUCAGCUUCAAUCAUUUAAGAGAAAUCCCAAGUAAAGCUUUUAUAAACCUUAAGAAUAUGAAAAAUAUUAGUUUUGAUUAUAACGACAUUAUGAUAAUCCAUCCAGAUGCCUUUAAAGAAAUAAGAACAUUAGCGUAUCUAGGACUUAGUCAUAACAAAUUGACAGUUUUAAGCGAUAAAAGCUUCCCAAACACACUUAGACUAAAUUAUUUUAAGAUAAAUGCAAAUUAUUUAACAUUUCUUUCAAAUAAAGUUUUACAAAAACUUGCAGCAGUGGAAAUAAAGAUAGAUUUUAAUCCAUGGACUUGUCCAUGCUUGCAACGUAUAAACUAUUGGUUGUACAUUAAAAAUGGUAAAAUUAAGGUAUCCGAUGAAUGCGAUGGAAGUCACAUACCCAUCUGUGUAGUUCCUAACAACACACAGACUUGCUUAGAUCAUUUUGACCACGAGGCAAUGUUAAGAUAUAUAAAUACAAUUAAAGCAGUAAACAUUUCUACACCUAUACCUUUAAGUUGUGUUGCUUUUCAGUAAUUACGCCUAUAUCAAUAAUUCUUGGUACCUACCUCAUAUACACCACGACCUUGAAAUAAAACUAGGUGGACUCCACGAAGAGAUAUAAAAUUGGUUCAAAUUCAUAUAGGUACUUGUAUGAACAAAAUUCCCCAAAACGUCUGUACAUCUCUAUAUAAAGUGACAAGGAAAGUUUAAGACCACUAAGAUAAACAAAUACAUAUUUUUAUAUUAAAGAAUUUACCACGGUUGCACGUUUUUUUUAUAUAGAGUAAAAAUUGAUCAUUUAUGUAGUGAAAACAUACUGUUCAUGUAUAAGCAUUGUAUCAGUAAAUUCUAAGGAUUUUUAAA